AGGCCAAAGGCGGCCGUGCCUGAGACCACGUGGUCGUGCUCGUCUCGUCGUUGUCGUUGAACUUUGACUUCAUGACUUUUUGAAAAUUGCUUGUAUGUAACAUCUCAUGACCUAGUACGUGUCUAGUUCUAGUAGGUUUUAAACUAACUAUCCGUUUUCAUGAUGGAGAAAGCGAAGAGACCUGAAAGGAUAUCUGCUAAAAUUGGACCAUCUAUCCUAAAUGCAGAUUUGUCUAAAUUGCAUGAAGAAUCGGUGAAGUUAGUUUCUUGUGGUGCAGACUAUUUACAUCUUGAUGUUAUGGAUGGCCAUUUCGUUCCUAAUAUAACUAUUGGGCAUCCAGUGGUUAAAUGCUUAGCAAGCAAGAUGAAAAAUGUAUUUUUUGAGACACACAUGAUGGUCUCUAACCCAGAUCAGUGGAUUGAGGAUAUGUCACAGUCUCAUGUAGACCAGUAUACAUUCCAUGUGGAAGCGUCCAAAGAUGUCAAGACUACUUGCAGAAAAGUUAGAGAAUCUGGAAUGAAGGUAGGAAUCGCCUUGAAACCCGGAACUCCUACAAAAUCAGUAGAAGAAUACAUCGACAUUGCAGACAUGAUUCUUAUAAUGACAGUGGAACCUGGAUUUGGUGGACAAAAGUUCAUGGAUCCUAUGAUGGCAAAAGUGAAAUGGCUCCGGGAGAACUACCCCACAUUGGACAUUGAAGUAGAUGGAGGAGUUGGUCCAAGCACCAUUAAAGCUUGUGCAGAGGCAGGAGCCAACAUGAUUGUGUCUGGGACAGCCAUUAUAAGUGCUCCAAACCAAAAGACUGUAAUGAACGAAAUGCGAGAAUGUGUGCAGUCUUACAUUGACAAGCGUCAAAGUACCCAAGGCAGCUAGUGAAAAUAAUCUAUUGUUGUUAGUGAAAAACAUCUCACUCUGGUGCAUUCUAACGGGUAUUAAUUUAAAGGGGCUCUACAUUGUUUGGAUACUUACUAUUUAGGCCACAUUUUAUAUGUUAUGUUUAACUACACCCAUCUAAAGAAAUCUGAAUGUGUGUGGAUUUUUUUAGAAAAUAUGUGUUUAUUAAUUUUUAUUGAGCAAUGCCUAGAGUUUUUUUACCUAUAUAUUUUUUUUCAUAAAUAUUCUAAGCUUUUUUGUCUUUGUUAAUAUAAAAAAAAUUCUUAAUUGGUUCAGUUUUGACUUAGUUUUCUAACUAUAUUAUUGUUAUAAGGGUUUUUUGUUAAGAUAGCAGGCUUACCUGAACUGACACUAUAUACACAAAACAUAAGAAUAUUUCACUGACACUGACAGCAUUUUCAACUAAGGAAGGGGAGUUUUCUUCAUGCCCAAUAUCGUGGCCGGAUAAACCAUGGUUGGUAGAGCACAACCAACUGCCCAUUGUUGUCUGUUUAAUCCGAUAGGUUGGGUGCCUGGAGACAUUGAGCCCAAGUUUUAUUGGAUUAACACAAACCCAAGGCUUUGACUUGGAGGCAGUAUUUGUGUGGCCUGCAACCAUGGAUUCACAUAGAACUGUUGAGUAGAAAGAUGCUCAGGUUGUAGCUGAGAAGUAGGUUGAUGUUUAGGAGGAGAUGAUUGCUUCAUACACUGAUGAGAGUGGAAUUAAGUAGAUUCUCUUCUUAAAACGAGUUGCCUGUUGUUUCCUUUGUCCUCUCUUCUCAAAGGUAGUAAUGGCCUGACAAGUCUUCUGUCUCUUUUUAGCUUCUGUCAAGAGAAGAGCUAGUUGAGGCCGAUGAAAUUAGAUUAGAUAGUAUUGGAGUGCAGAGGAACCAGAGAGGUGCUCCAUUUUACCCACUUCUCAACCAAAGAUAUUUGUUGUGUACUACCAAAUUUUAUUAUUCAAUAUAAACCCCAUGAUUAACAAAAAAAAUCUUUUGGCAUCAUUGUCUCAAAAAAAUUACUGGCCACCAUAUUGGGCCUACAGAAAACUCUGUAUUUCUUAGUUAAAAAUGCUGUUAGUGACAGUUAAAUAUUCUUAUAUUUGUGUAUAUAUACUAUAGUGUUAAGUUUGGUGAGUCUUCUGCCAGUUUGGACUCUUUCACAUUCAGAAAAGCCUGAUAUUGUCACAAAACAUCUUAAAAACCUAGGCCCUUGUGCUCUUUGUUACAUCCUUAUAUUAUGAUUGUGUUAUCCAGAAAGUAACGUAUGUUUUAAACAAAAAAUUAUUAAAAACAUAUUUUAUUGUUUACAAUUGUGGGAUAUGGCUGAAUAGUGAAUUUCUACUUAGUGUAUUAAUGUAAGGCCAAACUAGUAGUUCCGUCUCGUGGAGACUGAAGCCAAUGGAGACUGCAGACCAUCACCACCUUUGAGAAGAGAGGACGAAGAAAACAACAGGCAACUCGCUUUAAGAAGAGGUUCUCCUUAAUACAACUCUCAACAGUGUAGGCAGCAAUCAUCUACUCCUAAGCAACAACCUACUUCUCCGCUACAACCUGAGCAUCGUUCUACUCAACAGUUCUAUGUGAAUCCAUGGUUGCAGGCCACACCGAUACUGCCUCCAAGUCAAAGCCUUGGGUUUGUGUCAAUCCAAUCAAACUUGAUUAAACAGACAACAAUGGGCAGUUGGUUGUGGUCUGCCAUCCAUGAUUCAUCCAGCCCAGCUUUGUGGAUGCCCGGGGUAGAGUUUCCCUUUUCUUACCCACCAUACACAUAUAAAGGAGUACAGUUUUAGCAGCUUUAUUAACUGCCAAUAUUUGUUUAUAAAAUGGUGAUAACUAUGUGAUUUUAAACAUUCCUACCUACAGUUAUCCUAGAUUGUAAAAAACUUAGAACAACAUAACGGGUUAUUUUGAGUUUACAACUUUUUACACAGUCUAUAGGUUACGAUCUUAUUUUUAAGUAGGAAAGUUUAGUUUUUAGAGAAAAAUAUGUAACAUAUAGAAGUGUUUUGUUGGUUUUAGUAAUAAAAUAUUUGAUGGAUAAA